CAGUUUCCAGUUCCCAAAGACUCGCUUCAGACUCGUAUUGGUAGCUCUCUAGAAACGCCUGCUUUCGCACACCCGCAUAUUCCUCUCAAUAUCGUGCUUGACAAAGCCUCAGAACAGUAUUUACUCUUCAUUCAGGCCUCCGAUUGUUCUUUCGUUAACAUCGAGGUUUGAUUAGAAGUCUCAAGACGGUGUCACUUCAUGGCGGCUGUUGCUCCAGGAGCUUCCAUGGCUGGGAAUCCAUCGGCUUCCGCUGUAAGGUCGCUGAUAACUAAAGUCCAGGAGUCAUAUGCCGCAGCCACCGCUCAGCAGCGUCCAUGGAACGAGCUCAUUGACCGCUCCAGUCUCGCCAAACCCGAGAGCCUGAAUGACGCUCUCAGCCGGAUUCGCAAGAACCUGGGCUACUUUCGGGCCAAUUACCUGGGAAUUCUCAUCGCGGUAGUCGUCCUCAGCAUGCUUUGGAACCCAACGGCCAUUUUAUGGCUAGGUCUUCUUGGAUCUGGCUGGGUCUAUGUGUUCAUGGUCCGCACGGAGCCGAUCAUCGUCGCUGGAAGAACGCUGAACGAGCGAGAGAAGUUCCUGGGGAUGGUGGUCAUUUCGGUCGUCAUCGUCUUCGGACUGACAUCAGUCGGCUCCAUUCUCAUGUCUGGGGUUGUGAUUGGCGCAGUGGCCAUCACCGUGCAUGCAGCAUUCAGGGUUCCUGAUGAUCUCUUUUUGGAUGAUUCGGAUUCAGCUGGCUUCUUGUCGUUCCUCGGUGGGAGGCCCCAAAUGCCCCCCGCCCUCUAGAUUACGUAGUCAGACAAGCAUGCAGUAGUUUUAAAGGAUUCUCGUUCACGCUACUUGUCUAGGCCAUACCUGCACGACAACCUAAUAUACCCCUGAGAAUCUCUUACAUCUGGUCAUGUUAGACAUCUCCCUCUACUCUCACAGUCUGCAGUUCCUUCAGCUUGGGAUGUUGGAUGGCCUGGAAUGAGGUGAAUCACCAAUAGGUCCAGCAAAUGUUUCAUGGCUUUCAGGGGGAUUUCAGC